UGGUUCAGUGGUGCCGUGGGUGUCUAAGAUCAAGAUCAGAACUUCCUUCCUCUUCACUUCGAUCGUGACCGACAGUGAGAGAGAGGCAGAAAUCCAAACGCUUCCGCGCCUUCUCUGCCUUCUUUCUCGUUCGUCGCCGGCGUCCGUGACAGUGCCGGAAUCCUCCCCCUCCUCCUCUGUUCGAGCAACUGUGGGUGUUCGUGUAGUCCUGUGUGUUCUCCGAUCUGCUCUGUUUUGCUCUUCCCUGCUCUGCGUCGUUCUCCGAUCUCUGUCCGUGUAGUCGUGCGUGUUCAGGCCUCCCGCUGACAGUGUUGCAGCGUGUAUGUAUCAGGUUCCCUCUCCCCUGUGCAGCUCGUGACCUUCUUCUUCUCCUUCUUUCCUACGUGGUUGGUGAUCAAAGGUUAUUUGCACUACAUAAGCAUUAAUGGCUGCAAGGACUCCUGGCUUAAUUGCUUUAUUUGAUGUUGAUGGGACUCUCACAGCUCCAAGGAAGGUGGCCACCCCAGAGAUGUUAAACUUCAUGCAAGAACUACAGAAGGUUGUAACAGUUGGAGUUGUGGGAGGAUCUGAUCUCGUAAAGAUAUCUGAGCAGCUUGGAAACACAGUCAUCAGUGACUAUGAUUAUGUAUUCUCUGAAAAUGGUCUUGUGGCACACAAGGAGGGAAAACUCAUUGCGACCCAGAGCUUGAAGUCAUUUCUUGGGGAAGAAAAGCUCAAGGAAUUUAUAAAUUUUACACUUCAUUACAUUGCUGACUUGGAUAUUCCUAUCAAGAGGGGAACAUUUAUAGAAUUCCGUAGUGGAAUGCUGAAUGUUUCACCAAUUGGUCGAAACUGUAGCCAAGAAGAAAGAGAUGAAUUUGAAAAGUAUGACAAGAUUCACAACAUACGCCCAAAAAUGGUUUCUGUCCUACGUGAGAAGUUUGCUCAUCUGAACUUAACAUUUUCGAUUGGAGGACAGAUAAGUUUUGAUGUUUUCCCUCAAGGUUGGGAUAAAACUUACUGCUUGAGAUACCUUGAUGGCUUCAAUGAAAUCCACUUCUUUGGUGACAAAACCUACAAGGGUGGGAACGACCAUGAAAUUUAUGAAUCAGAGAGAACAAUUGGGCAUAUCGUUACUAGUCCUGAAGAUACAAUGAAGCAAUGUAAAGCACUCUUCAUGGGAAACCCUGACAACAAUUCUUAAGAUUAUUGCAGCAAUAUUUUGUAUGCUUUACUGAACAAAUGCCUUGCGGGGCCCGUUAAAUGUUAUUUUUGUGUUGUAUAAUGGCAGAGGAUUACAAUGACAAUAUAAUUCCUGUUUGUUUUUAUUUUA